UUAGUAACAAAGCUGCAUGUUUAGGUAAAAGUUUUUUUUCUUUCUUUCUUUUUUCUUUUUGAUGCCUGGCUGAGGGUACUACUUGGCUUGAUAUGGGUACUACUUCAGUGCAAAUUUUAAGUUUUUCUUUGGCAGUACUUUUAGGCCUUGGUGUUCAUGACAGUAUUGUGACUGUUGAUGGCUAUAGCUCUGUCAGCAAUGGAGGCGAUCCUGGAUAUUACAACCCUGAUAUCCCAAAAAAUGGUCAACCCAUGGAGGAUGUUAAACUACAAGCAUUUUACAACUGGUAUGGCUUAAGAGAUGUAGCAGGACCAAUCAGGCCUCUGAGUUCUAAGACUGUAAUCUAUAGUGCUGCAGUUAAGGGAGGCUAUGGUACUGGAAGCUACAGUUCUCAGACUGGCUUGUCCGGUGGUCCAGUGGCAAGUGGAAGUUCUGGUUCAGACACCAGAAGCCAGCUUCAGGGCUCUCAACUUGCUUCGGCUGGAAGUGGUAGUGUUGCUCAUGGCUCUGUGGGUAAUGCAGUAGGUAUGGGCAUGUCAGGGUAUGGCUUAAGUCAGUCAGUUGGCAUUAAAGGCUCUGACACUAUCCAUUCUUCCUUGGUCUUGACGCCAUUGCAGCAAAGCACUGAUUCUGUUCUUAAGCCAGUGCAGCUAACUUCCCAAAUUCCUCUGCAGACCAGCAGGGACUCUCAGGCAAUGCCUGACACUCAACAGCUAGUGCAGACAAUCUCCCAGUCCAGUGGUCCGCAACCAGCACAAGCCAGCUCUGGAACCAUGGCACAGUCUAGCUCCGUGCAGUUAACCCAGAUCAGUGGCCAGCAAUUAGCACAGGCUAGCUCCCUGUCUGCAUGGCAGUCAAGCAGAAAGCCUCUUAAGCCUCUAAGAGAUCAAUUUUGGCGACCUGGUUCCAGGCCCUUUUCAGGUUUCAGGCCAGUUCAGAAUCCAAGCUUUGGAUUUUUCAUGCCUUUGCCCCCCCGAAAUGAAUCCGUGUCACAACCUAGCUACCAAAUAGUGCAACACAGCAGUGAGUUGAGCAGCCCUCCGGUAGCUAAGACUAACGAUGCACUUGUGAGUCAGUCUUUCGGCCAGCAAUUAGCCCAGUCCAGUGGCCAGCAACCAGUACAAACUAGCUAUGAAACUCUAGCUCAACCAAGUAUUCAACAACUAGCACAGGCCAUCCAGCCUAGCAGUGAACAACCAGCACAAGCCAACUUUCAGUCUAUGGCCCAGGCCAGUAGCCAGCAACUAGCACAGGCCAGCUACCAAUCUGUGGCCCAGCCCAGUAAGCAGCAACUUCCACAAGCCACUGACUUGUCUGUGAUUCAGCCCAGCAGCCAACAACUAGCUCAAGCCAGUUCUCAGCCCAGUGGACAAGUACAGGUCCGCUAUGUGUCUGUGGCUCAGCCCAGCAGCCAGCAACUCUCUCCGGCCAUUGACUUGUCAGUGUUCCAGCCCAGUAGCCAACAACUAGUGCAAGAAAGUGGCCAGUCUGUAGCCCAGGCAUCCAGCCAGCAGCUAGUUCAGGCCAGCCAAUCUCUUUCCCAGUCCAGUGGCCAGCAACCAGCAGGGGCUAGCUAUAUAUCUGUGGCACAGCCCAGUAGCCUGACUCUUUUCAAGCCCAAAAAAGGUAGGCUUCAAUAUGGCUCCAAGCUCUUUUCUGGUACCAGGCCACUCCAGAAACCGAAUUCUAUCACAAUUGUUCAGUCCAGUAGCCUUCCAGCACAAAGCAGCUAUCCAUCUGAGUCUCAGGCCAGUGUCCAACAACCAGCACAAGCCAGCUACCAGUCUGUGGCCCAGCCUGUUUUCCAACAACCAGCACAAAGCAGCUACCCAUCUGAGUCUCAGGCCAGUUUCCAACAAGCCAGCUACCAGUCUGUGGCCCAGCUUGCUGUCCAACAACCAGCACAAGCCAGCUACCCAUCCGAGUCUCAGGCCAGUAUCCAACAACCAACACAAGCCAGCUACCCAUCUGAGUCUCAGGCCAGUAUCCAACAACCAAUACAAGCCAGCUACCCAUCCGAGUCUCCGGCUGGUAUCCAACAACCAACACAAGCCAGCUACCCAUCUGUGUCUCAGGCCAGUUUCCAACAACCAGCACAAGCCCGCUACCAGUCUGUAGCCCAGCUUGCUGUCCAACAACCAACACAAGCCAGCUACCCAUCUGUGUCUCAGGCUAGUUUCCAACAACCAGCACAAGCCAGCUACCAGUCUGUGGCCCAGCUUGCUGUCCAACAACCAGCACAAGCCAACUACCAGUCUGUGUACCGAACUGUUAGGCCACUGGUUGCACAAGUCGGCAGCCGACAGUCACCAGGAGCCAGCUACUCUGUGGCUCAGCCAAGCAGCCUGCAAAGAGCACAAUCCUGCUACCAGUCUGUGGUCCAGCACGGCACCCAAAUGGAUUUUAAGCCAGUGCAGGCCCAAGGGGGACACAUUUAUCAGAUUGGCUCCAAACUUUAUUCAUGUCAGGAGUAUGUAUCCCAGCCCAAUUACCAGCUUGCAGCCCAACCAGGACAGAAUGGGUAUCCGCCUCCAUCCAGACUAGUAUCUUCAUUCUUGGCUCAGCACAUCAAACCUGUCGUACAACAUGAAUACCGGGCCCCAGUAAAGCCUGGGCAGGGCACCUAUGUGUCUGUGGUGCCACCCAGCAGACAUCCUGGACCACUGCAAUCAACACUCCUGUCCACUUUCAGACCAGCACAGCUGCCGGAACAGCCUAGCUACCAGCCCCCAGUCCUUCCAAGCCGACAGCCUCUAGCUAAGCCUGCACUGCCUAAUUAUGGUUCUGUAUCACAGCCCAGUGGACCUAAAUCUGGAACUUUGAGACUAUUGCAACAGCCUGGCUACCGGCCUCUGGCCUGGCCAGGGCAAGAUGUGCAUCAGCCCCCAUUUAAGCCAGAACCUUCCAGCUACCAGCCUCAAAUGUUGCCUAGCCGCCAGUCACUAUCCCAGUCUGGUUACUCUUCCCCAGUCAUGCCAGCACAGUCCAGUUACCAGGCACAGUCAAGUUCUGAGACCGUCUCUCGGUCUGGGUGCCAGAUCUCUUCCAUUGCACGGCAGUCAAGUUCCCAGCCUCAAAUGCUGCCUAGCCGCCAAUCGCUAGCUCUUUCUGGCUGCUCUUCCCCAGGCAUUCCAGUGCAGUCUAGUUUAGAGCCCCAGGUACAGUUGAAUUAUGAGACCGUAUCACAGCCUGGGUUCUAGACCUCUAUGCUUGGGCAGUCAAGUUACCAAACUGUAUUCAGAUCAUGUUCCCAAUCCCUGGAGCAGCCCAGUAGUCUCUUUUUCAAAUUCUGUGUCAGAGUCAGUGCAACCUGGAAUUUGGUAUUCAGCACAGUUGAAUUAUCAGCC